AUGUCCAUGAUUCAGCAGCAGCCCACGGCCUUGGUAGCCGAUAAUGUGGCGAAGAAUAUAGGUGGAGGUCAUCUCGGUGGCAGCGCUGGAGCUGCAGGAGCGGGAUCAGCGACACCAGGCGUCCCGAUGACCCCCCCUGCUCAAAUGAAGCGUCUCAAUAUGGAAAAGAUGGUUGAGGAAUUCAGUGGGCUUUUGGGAAAAGAAAACUGGAGCAAAUACGCGCAAAUCAUCAGUCUUUUCAUUCUUGGAAAGCUUUCUAGAAAGGAACUAGUCAAUGAACUAGAUUUGAUUUUUACACCGCCUCCAGAAUCACAGCAACAAGGGAAUCAGGCGCCCGUAAGUCGGGGUUUGUUUAUACGAUUGCAUAAUCAGAUGUUGCUAGCUAUUCUUGCUAAUUCCCUUCGAGAUUCUGCCUUAGGCGAAUCGGCAGACGGGGCAUGGGGUUUCAACAAUGGAACUUCGCAUUCAAAUAAAAGAAGACUCAAUAAGCACAAUUCACAAAUUGAGACUUAUAAAAAGAUUGUAAUGUCGCUACCAAUUCAGGAUAGGAACCGACUAAAAAUGAUUACCAAAGAAGCCGGGAAACGAGGUUUUGUACUUUGUUCGGUACUGCAAGCUCGUCUCAAUCUUAUACCCAAAAUUCCCAUUGUUACAAAUCCAGAAACUUUAAAGAGAGUUAAGGCAAGCAAUCUAAAAACUCCGCUAGAAUGGUCCCAAGAAAUUGUAAACGGUUUCUCUGCUCCCCUUGCAACGGAAAGCUAUUCGUUACCAGACUCUGAUAGUCUUUAUCUCAGAAUGAUAAGCAUUGCCCGCGAGCACGGGCUUGUAGGUGCUGUUGAUGGCCGCUGCGUUGAAAUUCUUUCACUAGCGCUAGAGAACUACUUGAAAAAUGUGCUUGAAUCUGCAAUUGACACUGUACGGUACCGCGAAAAAAAGUACUCUGACUACUAUGACUUGAAUAACGAAGGCUUUUAUCAAGAAGUUUCGAAUAGAGGGGAUGAAAAUGUUCCUGAUGAGACAGAGUCUCUGUCCAAAGUUAUUUCUCUCACUAACGAAGACAUGGCGGAAACUUUUACUAUAUAUCCAAAUCUUGUGGCUCAUACAGGUGCAUACUUCAAGUUAAAUACCUGUGAACUCUUGAACUACGAUGAUUUAGUGAAUAUGAAGAGUAGUAUCGACGAUCUUCCGGAGUUUUUGGAAGAUAAGCCCAAUUUUACACCGGUAGACGAUAAAAAUGUCGGUACAAGGGACGAAUUGAAUUGGCUGAUCAAGGACAUUUUAACUAAGGAAUAA